AUGACAAGAAUCGCGACCAUGGACGAAGAUGCCGUAUGCGGUGAAACAUGGCCUCCCAGAACGACCAUCGAAGAUCCCCACUUCGAUCCUAUCGCCUCUACGACCAUGGCUCACGACGACUUGCGACACCGCCCGUAUCGCGUAGCUCGCUUGGGCUAUUUCGAUGACACCAAAUCACCAGCAGAAAUUGCACGAGCACAACCAGCCUUGCAUUGCAACAUCAUGAUCGAUCAAUCAAUCAGAGCGACCUCGCAAUCAAUAAAAGUCAACUUGCAUCAUCGCCAGCGUUUGCCUCUUUCGUGGCUCUUUACACUUGCAGCGGGAGGUGACACUAGAUCCAAACUCGACCAUGGCUGUUCUCCCCGCGCCGCCAACCGGUCACAGAAAAACGACAACGAUCGGGCCCACUCGCGCACAAGUCCACAUCAGAGGCAGACCUUGCAGCCACAGAAUGACUUCGAAGAAUCACGAGGUUCAGCUUCGCUCGGCAUUGUGCCGCCACUGAAUGUCCGAUGGCCUGCCCGGCUGCGACGGAUUUGCCAAAACACUUCCUGGGGAACCCAUGGAUCUCCAGACUGCAAUCGGGCGGAUUUCCCUUUCUGA